GAAGUGCUGUUCGGCAAUUUGGACGAACUCUGUUGUGUCACUUAUGCCUUCUGUAAAGAGUUUCUCAAUGUUAUCCUCCAAUACGUGAACACCAGUACAGAAGUCAAUCCCACAGAUAUUUUAGUUCGACUUUUCCAAAAGAGCUCGAAAGCCACUUCCCUGACACAGGCCUACCAUCGCUAUACUCUUAAUUACAUCAAUGCUCUCAACUAUUUGGAGACACUUAGACGUCAGGUCGAGUUCAACGAGUUUGAAAAGGUAUUGUUUGCCACAAACUAUUUGUCUAAU